AUGCAGCCCGCAGCCAAGAAGCCGCGGGUGGAUGGGAUGGAUGGGAAGGGGAAGGACGGCGCCAAUGGCGGCGGCAACGCCGAACCGCAUCCUCCCCAGCAGCAGCAGCAGCAGCAGCAGCGGAAGAAGCAGAGGCCGUUGACGCCUGAGAAGCAGGCACGCGCCGCCAUCCACAUGGCCGCUAAAGCCAAUGACCUCCCCGCCGCCCUGGCUGUGUUUGACCGCGCCAAGGCGGAGGGCGUGAAGCUGGGCACGGAGCUGUACGUCAGCCUGCUGUACCUGUGCAGCGGCGGCGACGCCUGGGAGCAGCAGCUGCGCCAGGCGCGCCCGCCGCCGCCGGCGCAGCAGGGCGCACGGGGCGCGGAGCGGCACGACGCCGGUGCCGGAGCUGCCGCGGGCGAGCAGGGGCAGGCCGCGGCGGGGAGCGGCGACGCGGUGGCGGCGGCGGCGGCGGGCGCCGGCGCCGAGCUUCAGCAGCAGGCGCAGCAGGCGCAGGAGGCGCAAGAGGCGCCGUGCGCGGAGCAGCUGGACGGCGCGGCGCGGCGGGCGCGGGCGCAGCAGCUGUUUGAGGAGAUGCGGCAAUCUGGCGGGCGGCUGGCCCUCAAUGAGAUGUGCUACACGGCGCAGGCGCGGCUGGCGGCGGCAGACGGCGACGCCGACCGAGCCUUUGCUGUGGCGCAGGCGAGCCGCGCGGCCCCCUCGCCGCCGCUGCCGCCUGAGAUGGUGGCGGCGGGUGUGGCGCCCAAGCUGCGCAGCUUCACGCCGGCGCUCAUCGCGUACGCAGAGGCGGGGGAGUGCGCCAAGGCGUUUGAGGUCGAUGCCGCCAUUGCCGCCCACCAGCUUGACCUGGGGGAGCCCGAGUUUGGUCGGCUGGUGCAGGCGGCGGCGGCGGGCGCCAGCUGGGCAGCCGCGCUGGGCGUGCUGCGCCGCAUCGGCGCCGAGCUCACCACGUUGCAGCCCGCCAGCCUGGCGCGCGUCGCCGCCCUGUUCGCCUCCCCCACCGCGGCACGCGCGUUUGAGGGCGUCCCCGGCGGCGGGCGGUGGGAGGUGGGGCCUGCCGCCGUGGACGGCGCGGGGCGCUGCUCGCGCUGCGGAGGCCGCCUGGCGGCGCUGGAUCUGUCUGGCGAGGAGCUGCGCCAGUUUGCGCAGGGCAUCGCCGCCAUCGCGGAGCGCCAGGAGCGGCGCCCCAACGACUUCAAGCAGUUCAAGUGCUGGCUGGAGGAGCACGGCCCCUUUGGCGCGGUGGUGGACGGCGCCAACGUGGCGCUGUACGGACAGAACUUCGACUCUGGCGGAUUCAACUUUGGCCAGAUACGCGCCGUGUGCGACCAUCUGGCCAGCCGGCACCCCGACCUCAAGCCCCUGCUGCUGCUCAACGUGGGGCGCACCAAGGCGGCGCAGGCGCGGGCCCCCGCUGCCCAGGCGCUGAUGAGAGAGCUGGGCGAGGCCAAGAGCUUCUACGUCACACCCGCAGGCAGCAACGACGACUGGUACUGGAUCUAUGCGGCGGUGACGGCCGGGGAGCGCGGCCUGCUGGUGAGCAACGACGAGAUGCGGGACCACAUCUUCCAGCUGGACUACCCCGCCCCAUACACCACCUGCGCACAGGAGCUGGAGUGCGGCAGCUGGGUGUUCCCGGGAGCCGACGGCAGCUGGCUGUGCGCGCGGCGCGCCUCCGGCGCCGCACCGGCGGCAGCGGAGGCAGCAGAGGCGCGGCCCGCAGCGGCGGAGGCCGACUAG